UGGACAUUUUUUGGUACGCACAAGGCAACGAAUGGUCUUUUAUAAAAGGCAAUUAUUUUAUUUCAAAUAUGCUUUGAUAUAAUAUAAAUUUCCUGCGAGACUGGUAAAACUAACUGAAUUAAUUGAUAUAAUCAAGAGAGAACAUGAAUAUUACGUUGAACUGAGAGUGCAAGUUAAACAGAAGCGUUAAUCUUAUUUAUUUGAAUUAACUUAGUUACCAAUAAUGUCAUACGUUUGAAAAUAGUUAUUGGUUUUUCAUCCUUAACAUUUUUUACACAAGGAAACGUAACAUAGAACAAAUAAGUGCUUCAAUCUAAUAAAAGCUGUUGUGUUUUUCGUUAUAGUACUGUAAGAUCACAUUUGACGAGGAAUAGAAAGUAAGUGUCUAUUUUUUAUAAUUAUCAUUUUGCGGCGUAAAUGAUAUGCUCGUUUAGGAUGUCUGUGGUAUAAACAUAUAUACUGAAGUUACAUGUUUUAUUUCCAUUUUAGAAAACAAAUCAACAACAACAUAAAAAAACAAAAAACCACACAAGAUUAAUCACGCAAACGCACGCGCGCACUGACUGUAAAGAAUGAUUUCGUUCAAAGUACAAAACUUGGAUACAAUGAUACGUUUUAGCACGUUUGUAUUGAAUCAUCCUCCGGAUAUUUCUGUGAUAUCACUUCAGGUUUGAUUGAUAAGCGUUGAAUAUUUAAUUUAUUUUAUCAGGCAAAAUUCAUUUCACACUCAUAUAUAUUUAUAUUAUUCAAGUGACAGAAGGAAAGAAAACCAACACUCAAAUGCAAUGAAUGUGUCUCAAUGCCCUCGGGAUUUACAAUCUGAUACAUAUAGAAAUGCAAUAUGUAAUGACAUUUAAAAUAAUUUCACGUGAUUGUUUCACAUCACAAGUCUAGGUUGACACAACACGGUAACAUGGAGCAGGCUGUCAGUUUUAAUUCUAAAGGAAUAAUCAAAUUGAAUGUAGGAGGGACUAUUUUCCAAUGUUAUGCUGGAACACUUAAAACAUUUCCAGAUUCUGUUCUUGCACAUCUUGACGAAAAUGCCGACCAUUAUGUGGCAGACACAAAUGAGUAUUUCUUCGACAGAGACCCAUUAACGUUUUACCAUAUUCUUAACGCAUCAAGAAAAGGGUCGAUACAUUUACCUAAAGAUAUGUGUGGAACAACAUUCAGAGAAGAGCUUGAAUUUUGGAAGAUUUCUCCGCGUUUUGUUGCUCCGUGUUGUUGGGAAGCCUUACAUAAAUCAGAGGAAGACGUAUCAACAAUGCAGAAGUUGAUUCAAAAUAUCAAACAAAACACGAAUACAUGCCUUCUACUUAAACCGGACGUGGACUUAAAGCAGAGGAUAUGGCUUUUUCUUGACGAACCAGAUUCAUCCAAAUAUGCUUAUGUAUGGGGAGUAUUUGUUUCACUUCUAAUAGUGUUAUCAACUAUAUCCAUGGCAAUGUCUACUUUGAAACAAUUUUGUGCUGAAUUUACGGAAUCAGAAAUGGAGGUAAUCAAGAGCAUGUCUAGUGUCUUCAAAUUGAGCAACGCAACUUUCGACAAGAUUGCAAAACGAAGUCCAAUUUUUGUUUACACAGAUUUUAUAAUUCACUUCAUACUCACUUUCGAGUUAUUGGUAACUUUUGUCGUCUGCCCGGAAAAAAAGUCAUUCAGCAAGUGUUUCACGCGCCUUUCUGUCGCAAUUGGCUAUAUGGCAUUUUGGAUUUCCUUUAUAAUGGAAUUGAAUCUAUCCAAACUAGAUACUGUUGUAAAAAUGAUAUCGUAUAUUGUGAUCAAACACUUGGUUAUAUUGAUGUUAGCACGUCUGUUUUACUUGUCAAAGUGUGUCCCAGCUUUCAAUAUCAUGGGCUUGACAUUCCGAUCUUCAAUUCCCGAAUUCAAAGUUCUACUCUUUAUGCUAUGUUUGUUAGUUUGUAUUUUCGGCACUGUAAUGUACGUUGUCGAAUUUACUCAAAAUUCUCAAUUCAAUAAUAUGUUCACCGCAAUGUACUGGGCAUUGAUUACGUUGACCACUGUCGGGUAUGGCCAUUAUAUCCCAAACUCUGAUUUUGGUCAUGUGAUCGCAGCAACAUGUGCUGUUUGUGGAGUUGUUUCUCUUGCUCUACCAAUAGGUAUAAUUGCGUCGUCGUUUCACACAUUUUAUCACUAUCAAAAGUACGCCCGGAAACAUGUUAAUCUUUUCGGCAAGGUUACUAUUUGUCCACAUGGUAAAUCAUAGAUUAUUGAUAAUAUAUGAUUUGUAUAAAAUCAUAACUCUUAAAUAACAGUGAGACACGUUCUACCUGAAUAAUGUAUAACACAGCUAAAUUUUUUGUUUGAUUGAACCUGUAAUAACAUGUAUAAUUGUGCAAGUCAAAAAUAAAGUACCUGUUCUGUUCUAUUCUGAUAACAACAUUCAACCAGAGGCAUUCGGUUGCAGUGAUUUAAACACAUUUAGAAUUUAGAAUAAUUGACAAUUUUGAUACAACCACGGAUAUGAUCAGUUGAUCACAUGACAAUAUAAGUAUGUUUGUCAUUUUGGUAUUCAAAAUAACGUGCCCGAUUAACUGGGUCUUACUGAAGAAGAGCAAACAUGUGCUAGUUGUAUAUAGCGCUGAAUAAUAAACAUUUGGUUUUACAAAUAUU